GUGACAUAGCAUGGGGAGAGACGUCAGCUGAGAACACAUUUCUUCCCCAAGCCCAGCCCGUGGGUGGAGCUUACCUCCCUAUAAGCACCAGAUGAGUUUACUGCUUCUUGAAACGUGAUAGUUUAUUUCCUCUCUGCUACUGAGCUACACGUGCCAAAGACCAUUUGUUUGAAGAUUUUUUUAUGAACUCUGGCCAUUUUGGAUAUAUUGGAGGCUUUACAAGCAAUGGACAUUGUAGCCACCUUGAAAUCUCAGUUCAUCUGCCAUCUUCUCAUAUGCUACAUCUUUGUGGUGACUGGACUCAUCGUCAACUUCCUUCAGCUCUGCACCCUGAUAAUAUGGCCAAUCAAUAAACAACUCUACAGACGAAUUAAUUGCAGAUUGGCAUACUGCAUUGCCAGCCAAUUGGUGUGGUUGCUGGAAUGGUGGUCAUGUACAGAAUGUACCCUUUAUACUGACCAAAGGAAUUAUAUUAAAUACGGUAAAGAGAAUGCCAUAGUUAUUCUCAAUCAUAACUAUGAGAUCGAUUUCCUUUGUGGAUGGGACUUCUGUGAAAGAUUUGGUGUUUUGGGGAGUUCGAAAGUACUAGCUAAGAAGGAGCUGGCCUACGUUCCUCUGAUAGGCUGGAUGUGGUAUUUUCUGGAGAUAGUAUUUUGUAAACGACAAUGGACAGAAGAUCGCAAAAACGUAGUCCAGAGUUUGCUUAAUCUCCGGGAUUAUCCUGAAAUCUUUUGGUUUCUUAUACACUGUGAAGGAACACGAUUUACUGAGAAAAAACACAAGAUCAGCAUGCAGGUAGCUGAAGCCAAAGGCUUACCUAAACUAAAGUAUCACCUACUCCCUCGAACAAAAGGCUUUGCACUGACUGUACAAUGUCUAAGGAAUGUAGUUCCAGCUGUGUAUGAUGCUACACUCAAUUUCAGAAAUGGUGAAAACCCAACACUGCUAGGAACUUUACAUGGAAAAAAAUACCAUGCAGAUCUAUAUGUCCGACGAAUCCCAUUGGAAGACAUUCCUGAAGAUGAAAAUGAGUGUGCUGCCUGGCUUCAUAAACUAUAUCAAGAAAAGGACUUGCUGCAAGUGGACUACUUCAAAAAAGGCUUUUAUCCAGGCACUCCAAUUGUACCACCAAAACGACCAUGGGUCCUUGUAAACUGGCUGAUCUGGGCUGCUUUGCUGCUGUUUCCUUUAUUUAAGUUAAUCGCUAACUUGAUCUGCAAUGGAUCUUCCUUGACCCUAAUUACUUUCUCACUUAUCAUUGUUGCAGCCUCCAUUGGAAUGCGAUGGAUGAUUGGAAUGACAGAAAUAGAAAAGGGCUCCAGUUAUGGCAACAACGAUAUGAACCGAAAAAAUUAAUUUCCACAGAGACUGCUAGUACCUCAAAUGAAGAAAAUAUAUUUUUUUUGAAGAGUUGGGGCAGAUACUGGGGUCAAGGCGAUAAUGCACCUAAGUUGCUGUUUCUUUAGCGUACAGAUCACUGUGUAGAGUGCCACCUUAAUCUACACAAAAGGGUAGUGUGAAUUGGUAUCCUUUUGUGAUGUAUGUGGUGUAUGAAACCAUUCGCACAGUAAUAAGAAAUAGUGAAAUUGGAUAUUGUCAGAAUUCUACACCAAUAGUGUCACUUGCAGGUCUGACGUUGAUGUUUUCACUAUUAUAUGACAUUUCAAUCUAAAUGGAAAUGACUUCUUUUUUAAAAAAAAAUAACCUGGUGUAAUGGAAGAAUUCAGCUUUUUUCUAAUAACAUAAAAUUGUGCUUCUAACCUA